CAUUUUGUCAACUCGGCGAGAGAUUACGGCGUCAGUAGAAGAGCUCUCGAGAAUCGAGAGAAGCGGCCGAAACUCAAACGUCUAAGUGGCACUUUCUCGAUUAAAUUCCAUAAAUUUCGCCCUCUGAACAAUUAUAGAGCUCUUUGCUAAAUAAGGAAGAUACGAACUAGAUUAACGUUAUCCGUGUCGUGAAAGAAAGGCCGUGUUCUUUCUUCUGUCGUUUCGACUUGCUUCCUCUUUCCUGUUUCUUUUGUUUAUGUCCUGCUGUACGGCGCAGAUUACAUAGCUGAUCGUGAAUAAAUGAUAGAGUGAAUCGAGAUCAAACGAAAGGCGGAGAAAUAUAUAGAGGCCAUCUAGUCCGUUUCAUCCGUCUACACGUCUUUGGUGUCCAACUGGACCAGGAGCGAGAGUCUAAUGCCCCCGGAGGAUGAGCCCAGCCAUCGAGGGGAUGCAGACAGAGCCGCAGGGGUAUUUGGGGAAAGGCGUACUCCUUGAGCCCUUUGUGCACCAGGUUGGGGGACACUCUUGUGUGCUCCGCUUCGGGGAGCAGACGAUAUGCAAGCCCCUUAUCCCCCGAGAGCACCAGUUUUACAAGAGCCUCCCUGUGGCCAUGCGGAAGUUUACACCGCAGUAUCGAGGUGUGGUGUCGGUGAGUUUCGAGGAGGAUGAGGAAGGAAAUUUGUGUCUUAUUGCGUACCCUCUGCACAGUGAGCUUGGGGACCUGGAGAACGUGGACCCCUCGGCCGACCUGGAACCCAAUAACAAAAUAAAACGGGUCAGUAAGAUGCUGCUGGACAAUGAGGGCUACAGCAAGGACCGGUCCAGACAUGGUCGGAAAGAUAAGGACAAGAGUGUGAAACGCGAGGAGGAGCUGGAGUGGCUUACGCAGGCCGAGGUGUUUUACUACAGCCUGGAGAGGAACAAUGCUGCUGGCCCUCAGCUCAAGCACAACCCCUGGAGCCUCAAGUGCCACCAACAACAUCUGCAGAGGAUGAAGGAGAACGCAAAACACCGCAACCAAUACAAAUUCAUCCUGUUGGAGAACCUGACAUGGCGCUACACGGUUCCAUGCGUGCUUGAUUUGAAGAUGGGGACGAGGCAACACGGGGACGAUGCCUCUGAGGAGAAGAAGGCCGUCCAGAUCCGCAAAUGUCAGCAGAGUACGUCCGCUAGCAUCGGAGUGCGCCUCUGUGGCAUGCAGGUCUUCCAUUCAGACACAGGGCAGCUCAUGUUCAUGAACAAGUACCACGGCCGUAAGCUGACCCUGUCUGGCUUCAAAGAGGCCAUCUUUCAGUUCUUCCACGACGGGAGGCGUCUAAGACGUGAGCUCCUGUCGCCGGUGCUGCGGAGACUGCGAGACAUGCAGGCGGCCCUGGAGGCCUGCGAAAGCUACCGCUUUUACUCCAGCUCGCUCUUGAUAAUAUACGAUGGAGAUCCUCCACGAUCCCGUCACACCGCAGAGGAUGGGCUUUCAGAAGAGGAGGAGGAAGAAUACGAGGAAGAAGAAGAAGAGGAGGGUGGUGCUUUUGGAUUUCCUCACGGCGCAGGUGCGGGCAGCAGCAGUAGUAAAAGCGGUGCUUGUGGCGGCAGCGGCACCGGCAGCUCUGCUGUGUUGCGACGCAUGACCAGAUCAGACAGUGGCCCGGUGGUGGACGUACGCAUGAUUGACUUUGCCCACACCACGUGUCGGCACUACGACGAGGACAGUGUAGUCCACGAAGGCCAGGAUAGCGGUUAUAUCUUCGGAUUGCAGAACCUAAUCACCAUCAUUUCGCAAUUAGAGGACCACAGCACAGAAUAAACCACAACCAGCACGGCGUUCGGAUGGGGAAAAUGUUUCUUUCUCUUCCUCGUUCUUUCAGUCCUUCGAGACGUUCAGCUCAUUAAAAUCUCAAAACUCCACCUGUUCGGUUGUUUUUUGGUUCCUGAAUUUUUGUGCGUAGAGGAUUUAAAAGGGUUGAAAAGCUAACGUAGAGAUGUCACACGAACAUCUCACUCAUGUACUGUUCCAAUGUUGCUGACGUUCCCCUUUUUGUUCUAUUUAUUGAGAAGAUAAAAUGGUUAUUUACAGAAAAGGACCUGAUUUCGUUCAUGUGCUCAUCCCUUGAGAAAGUUCCGGAACUUUGAUUAGCUUCCGAGUGCUCCUUAUUGGAUGAAGGAAUAGGUGGCGAAAAGGAAGACUGUUAACGCUCUAUAGCACCCUCCCCUCGCACCUUUACCCGUUGUGAAGAGAUGACUAUAUUCAGAUAGUUAGUUGACAUACAGAGACUAUAAUAAAGCUUUAUUUAUUUGUCAUAUUUCCUAAAUAAGCUAAAAAAAAACAUUGAAAAAGUGAAUGGGGAUACAAGAACUACAUUCCAUGUUAUUAAUGUUACAAUAAUGAUAUUAAUAAAUAUUAUUAUUUGACAUGUUCAGAUACCUCUAUCUUAUAUCUGUUGUACACAAUAUGUUGGAGGAAAAAUAAAACUUGUUUGUGUUAAA